AUGGAAAAUGUCAGUGGUACUAACCAGAACAUGACCGAGACGUCUCCUCCAGCUGAGGUGGGAUCAGAGACUCCUCAGGUGACUCAGGAAGGACAAGGGCAGCUUCUUUUUCAUGAGGAAACCAUUGAUCUCGGUGGAGAUGAAUUCGAGUCUGAAGAGAAUGAGACCAUAUCAGAAGAUUCUAAUAAUUUCUUAGAUAAGCUUAAUGAACACAUGAUGGAAAGUGUUCUCAUUUCUGACUCUCCUAACAACAGUGAAGAUGAUGUGGGUGAACUUGGCUGUUUGCAGGAUGUUGUAGAGCCUGUAGAAAGCAAAGCUGAUAACAGAAUGGAAAAGAUUGAUAAAGAAGAUAUUGAUACUCUCAGUAAUAACAGUGGAACUGACCGUGAUGAUACCCCUAAAGAUGUCUCUGACAUGACCUCUGAUAGCAGAGCUUCUUUGAAAGAAGACCCACCACAGGAAGUAAAAGAUAUGCCCAUGUUUGAAACUGAAGAGACAGCUGACUCAGCCCCAACUGAUGAAAAAACUAAUCCAGAAGAACAGGUAUCAGAAAUAUCUUCUAGUCAGUCAUCCUCUAAAGAUGAGCCUGUCCCUGUGUGUACCAUUUUCAGUCAAUCAAAUACAACAAAUUCCCAGCCUCACUUAUUUCUCCAUGACGGCUUUGAGUCUCAGAUGGUAAAAUCUCCUAGUUUCAGCAGUGCAAGUGAAACUUCAUCCAAGACACCACCUCAGGUGGUUCAGCCAAGUCCCAGCCUGAGUAAAUUUUUUGGAGAUACAACCAACACGAGUUCCUUGGCUUCUGACUUCUUUGAUUCAUUUACUACAUCCACUUUCAUUUCUGUCAGUAAUCCUAAUGCAGGCUCUUCUGUACCAGAAAAAUUGUCUUCACUCACUACUCCAGGGGGAGAUAAAUCCCCUGAUUCUGCGGGCCUUUCUUACUCUCCAGGCAUUGAAAGAUCAGAAUCGGGUAUUUCCACAGCUUCUCUAGAAAUUUCUCAAUCUCCAAAACCAUUUUCACAGAUACAAGCAGUAUUUGCAGGGAGUGAUGACCCCUUUGCCACAGCCCUGAAUAUGAGUGAAAUGGACCGAAGAAAUGAUGCUUGGCUUCCUAGUGAGGGGACAAGGAAUGUUUUGAUUUCUGUAGCAACUCAACAGUAUAGUACAGUGUUCAUAGACAAAGAGAAUCUCACCAUGCCUGGCUUAAAGUUUGACAAUAUUCAGGGAGAUGCAGUUAAAGAUUUAAUGCACCGCUUCCUGGGUGAACAAGCUGCAGCAAAGAGACAAGUAUUAAAUGCCAACUCAGUAGAACAGUCUUUUGUUGGAUUGAAACAGCUCAUUAGCAGCAAAAACUGGAGGGCAGCAGUUGACCUUUCUGGACGCCUUCUCACAGCCCAUGGUCAAGGCUAUGGCAAGAGUGGGCUACCUACCAGUCACACAACUGAUUCAUUGCAGCUUUGGUUUGUAAGGCUGGCACUACUGGUGAAGUUGGGCCUGUUCCAGAAUGCUGAAAUGGAAUUUGAACCCUUUGGAAAUCUAGAUCAGCCAGACCUUUAUUAUGAAUACUAUCCUCAUGUAUAUCCUGGACGCAGGGGCUCAAUGGUUCCCUUCUCAAUGAGAAUCUUACAUGCAGAACUUCAGCAAUAUCUGGGAAGUCCCCAGGAGUCACUUGACAGACUGCAUAGAAUGAAAACCAUCUGCAGCAAGAUUUUAACAAAUUUGGAGCAAGGCUUAGCUGAAGAUGGGAGCAUGAGUAACAUUACCCAAGAGAACAGACAAGCCUCUAUUCAGCUGUGGAGGUCACGUCUGGGCCGGGUGAUGUACUCUAUGGCAAACUGUCUGCUAAUGAUGAAGGACUAUGUGCUUGCUGUGGACGCCUAUCAUUCCGUAAUCAAAUAUUACCCAGAGCAGGAGCCUCAACUGCUGAGUGGGAUUGGACGCAUUUUCCUUCAGAUCGGAGACAUAAAAACAGCUGAAAAGUAUUUUCAAGACGUUGAGAAAGUAGCACAGAGAUUGGAUGGACUACAGGGCAAAAUAAUGGUUUUAAUGAACAGAGCUUUCCUUCACCUUGGUCAGAAUAACUUUGAAGAAGCCCACAAAUUCUUCACAGAAAUUUUACGGAUUGAGCCAACAAAUGCAGUGGCGAAUAACAAUGCUGCCGUGUGUCUGCUUUAUCUGGGGAAGCUGAAGGAUUCCCUCCGGCAAUUGGAAGCAAUGGUACAGCAGGACCCUAAGCACUAUCUGCACGAGAGUGUGCUUUUCAACUUGACAACCAUGUAUGAGCUGGAGUCGUCCCGGAGUAUGCAAAAGAAGCAGUCCCUGCUGGAGGCAGUCGCUGUCAAAGAAGGGGACAGCUUUAACACGCAGUGUCUCAAGUUAGCAUAG